UUCAAGAUCUGGAAACAAUUUGUUCAAAUAUUAAUCUUCUAAUGUCACAAUUCAAACAAUUCUUUUAUCGGAUGAAAUAUUCAUAUGCCACACCUGAAUGUACGUAGAUGUUUUAACAUCAAACUGAAUACUUCCAUUAAAACGUAUAAGUAUACUAUAUUAUUUAUUUUAAAAGAACAUAAAAUGCAAUUUUCACAUUUCUAAGUUACAGUUGGGUUUUCUCUUUGUUUGGAUAUGUAAUGUUAAAUGUUUGAAGCUUAUUUCAAUCCUUUUCAAGAGUUUUAUUAUUUCUAUAGUUGUGUAAUGUGGUGAAAUGUAGAGUAGAUCCCAGAAGUCUAAACAUUUACUGGUUAAAAUUUACAUCCUUUUUGUAUGAUAUUUAUAUCUGGGAAAUUUAAGACAAAAAGGAAUGAACUUGCUCUAGGAAUUUUAGCAUGUAAAGAUUUAUAGGAAGAUAGAACAGAUGGAUCGAAGAUAGAACAGGCAGGGAGUACGUGUUGGGAUAAAAAGGGACAAACUAUACAGUAGCAAAGCCCCUUUGACUAAGCCAAACAAUUUCCCCAAGCUGAAGUCCACACAGUCAACUAAGAAUACAAAAAGUGCAUAGAUUUACAUACUCUCAGACAGUCAGGCAGCUAUAAAGGAAGUAAAUGGGUAUGUUUAUAGCAACUACUCUGGAAAAAAUUGCCUAAUAGACAAAGGAAAACACAAGGUUACUUUAAACUAUCAGGACAUGAAGGUAUAGAAGAAAUUGAGGUAUAGAAGCCUGACCAAUUAGAAAAAAAGGGACCCGUGGGACCAGCACCACAACUAGGUGCACCAGGGUGUGUACAUAAGUUGGAACUGGAAAAAUGGCUUGAGAAAGAAAAACUCAAACAGGUAUGAGACAAGCUAAGAGAUUUACAAAUCAUUCAGAAAGGAAGGCGAAGGAGGCUGGAUUCUCCCUCAGCAGGCAGGAUUUGAGGAAAAUUAUAAGCCUCUAUACCGGUCACUGCUCUCUUAACUAUCAUCUGAAGAAGAUGGGCAAAGCAGAGACAGAAACAGCUCUGGAGGAAACAGAAACAUUGGUACUUAUCCUUUGUGAAUGUAAAGCCCAGUUACAGUACAGCCACAUUGGUAAGGCAAUUCUCACACAAAAGAGGUGCACGAGGUGGCACCAAGGAGGGUGCUUAGGCUCAUAUGAAAAAGUCUACCAUUUUCCAAGGUUUUCAACAUGGUAAAUUUCCAACUGAGUUCAUAAAAGCUAUGGUCAUCCCUUUGCUCAAAAAUAACGAUCAUAUCUCACCUCUAAAUUGGCAAAAAAACACUUGAAAAGUCAAU